UGCUUUCCGGCUAUGCUCAGUCCUGUCCGGCCAGUCCCGCCUUGCGCGCCCAUUUCGAGCCCGAGUUUCCAGCUCGUCUUUGCAGGCUCGAGAACCCGGAACAGAUUUUCCAGGACUCGGUUCUUGGGCUGUGGCUAUGGGGGCAGGAAUGGCGCAGCUCGAGGGUUACUACUUUUCCGCUGCCCUCAGCUGCACCUUUUUGGUGUCCUGUCUCCUCUUCUCCGCCUUCAGCCGGGCGCUGCGAGAGCCCUACAUGGACGAGAUCUUCCACCUGCCGCAGGCGCAGCGCUACUGUGAGGGCCAUUUCUCCCUCUCGCAGUGGGAUCCAAUGAUUACUACAUUACCGGGCUUAUACCUGCUGUCAGUUGGAGUGGUCAAACCUGCCAGUUGGAUCUUUGGAUGGUCGGAACAUGUUGUCUGCUCCAUCGGAAUGCUCAGAUUUGUUAAUCUUCUUUUCAGUGUAGGCAACUUCUAUUUACUCUAUUUGCUUUUCCGCAAGGUACAACCCAGGCACAAGGCUGCCUCAGGUGUCCAGAGAAUCUUGUCAACGUUAACAUUAGCAGUAUUUCCCACACUCUAUUUUUUUAACUUCCUUUAUUAUACAGAAGCAGGAUCCAUGUUUUUUACUCUUUUUGCCUAUUUGAUGUGUCUUUAUGGAAAUCAUAAAACUUCAGCUUUGCUUGGAUUUUGUGGCUUCAUGUUUCGUCAAACUAAUAUCAUCUGGGCUGUCUUCUGCGCAGGAAACGUCAUUGCACAAAAAUUAACUGAAGCUUGGAAAACAGAGCUACAAAAGAAAAAGGAAGAGCGGCUUCCCCCUAUUAAAGGACCAUUUUCUGAAUUCAGGAAAAUUUUUCAGUUUCUUUUGGCUUAUUCCAUGUCCUUUAAGAAUUUGAGUAUGCUUUUCCUUUUGACUUGGCCCUACCUCCUUCUAAUGUUUCUGUUUUGUGUUUUUGUAGUUGUUAAUGGUGGGAUUGUUAUUGGCGAUCGAAGUAGUCAUGAAGCCUGUCUACAUUUUCCUCAGCUCUUCUACUUUUUCUCUUUUACUCUCUUUUUUUCGUUUCCUCACCUACUGUCUCCUAGCAAAAUUAGGGCUUUUCUUUGCUUAGUUUGGAAACGUAGAAUUCAGUUUUUUAUGAUUACCUUAGUCUCUCUGUUUUUAGUUUGGAAAUUCACUUAUGCUCAUAAAUACUUGCUCGCAGAUAAUAGACAUUAUACAUUCUAUGUAUGGAAAAGAGUUUUUCAAAGAUACGAAAUUGUGAAAUACUUGUUAGUUCCAAUAUAUAUAUUUGCUGGUUGGAGUAUAGCUGACUCAUUGAAAUCAAAGUCAGUUUUCUGGAAUUUAAUGUUUUUCAUAUGCUUGUUUACUGUUACAGUACCUCAGAAACUGCUAGAAUUUCGUUACUUCAUUUUACCUUAUGUUAUUUAUAGGCUUAACAUACCUCUGCCACCUGUAUCUAGGCUUGUUUGUGAACUGGGUUGCUAUGCAGUUGUUAAUUUCCUAACUUUUUAUGUCUUCCUGAACAAGACUUUUCAGUGGCCAAAUAGUCAGGACAUUCAGAGGUUUAUGUGGUAACAUCAGAGAUAUCUUGAAUUCUAAAAAUUGACUGUUUAGACUAUCUCCACAGUGAACAACUGAACAGGUAAAAAUUAUGGACUUUCUUUUGGGCACAGUGGUGAUCCACAGAUCACAUCAGAUUUUUUGUGUUUUAAACAUCAGAUAUAUGUGUUUUAAACAUAUACAAUAAAUCCAAGGAAGUGGUAAAGAACUGAGAAGUGUUUAAGACUUGCUCCGUAAGCCUGAAUAAUGGAAAAUGAAAUUGUUUACGGUUAUUUCAUGAUACCUCUUUGGUACUGCUGGCCACUCAAAAAGUUUGAAAACAUUUUACAGGUACAAGUUUGAGAAAACUGAGCUUUAUAGUACUGAAACUUAUUUAUUUUUAUCAAUUUUCUUCAGAAAGCAAUAGCAGACAAAGUGUUUGAAAAAAUUUACAAAUGAUCAGGUAAUAUCCUUGAUUGAAAAGUUAACAGUACAUUUCAGUAAGUUACAGAAAACAUUUUCUGUAUGAAAAAUUACAGAAAACAUUUCAGUAAAUAUAAUUUUAAUCAUAAGGCAAAAUAGACUCAGAUAAUAAAUCUUAUAAAUUAGAGGCUCA